UUUUAUUUUUUAAAGGUUGCAUGAAUGCAAGGUGUAGCUAGUUUAGUUGCGAUGCCCCACAAGACCACUGAAACAAGAAGCUCUGUAGGUCCAGCUUCCUCAACAGAGGUAAAGGUUGGCACAGACAAAAACAGUCCUUCACUGCCAAAUCCAACAGAAGCUAAAGGAGCAGAAGGUAUUGCUGUCUGUCUUUUAUUAUUUGAAAAUAAUCAACAGCAGAAGACCUCAGUACCACAAGCAAGUGUUAAUCAACAAGAGGAAGCAAAGAACAAUGCUUCAAAGAAUCCUGGAACUAGUCACAUCAGAGAUUUGUUUCUAUCAUUUGACAAAGUUCCAAUAGUUCUCAGCAGCAGCCAUGCCUCGACAGCACAAAAAUCUACACGCUUCAUCCAGGAUGGAGAUCGCUACAUUUUCUUAGUGGAAGACAACAGGACCUCCAAGGUUAGUUCAGUGUCUUCUGGAACUGAUGCCAGGUCUGCAAAAGCUUCAGAUGAGGCGGCAGAAGAAACGGUGCCUGAGGAGGAAGCAGAGGAUGAUGAAUUUUCAGACGGAGGAUCUGAAGCGUCACUGGAAGAUGUGCGCCAACAUCACGGAAUAAUCAAAACACAGAAACAAGACGAUCCUGAUUAUCUGACGCUCUUUGAAGCUCAUCAGAGAAGAUUAGAAGAUGUUGGAUCACCUACACCAGGUCAGGGGUAGAGUGAGUAGUGAAGUUAACAUACCACUUAGUAGGGUGGGGUAAAUAAGUAAUAACCUGUCACUACUUUUGAAGUCUGAUUAAAAAAAAAAAAAUGUUUUCACUACUGAAAAAAUGGGAAACCCAACUGAGUCAAUCUUCCCCCCGACUUUAGAUUUAAUUUUGUUUUUCCAAUUGUCUUGUAGUCUUUUGGUUGGGGAAAUUGUUAGAGAUAAAGAGAGAAUUGUUAGAGUUAAAGUUUGCCUAUUAUAAUUACUUUUAAAUGCGGAAUUGAUCGUCACUACGCGUCCACGAAAAAUCAUUAAUAUUACCAUGGGACGUCUGUAUUUAAUUCUUUUGUGUCUGAAUUCUGCCUGGAUACUCUUUAAUCGUCAUCUUCCUCCUAACUUCGCAUGAAAACUGCUAAAAAUGUGACCGAAAGAACGAAUAGGAAAGGGAGGGAAAAAUCUACUGCGUCGCGUUUGCACAAUCUGUUUAAGUGGUAUUAAAUAUGAGCAGUUUGCGGGUAGGUAAGUUAAUCGUUUUGUUAUGAACCAAGCAGUUUAUAACUCUGUAAGUCGACCGCUUUGGUAUACGUAAAAUGAAUUUUCUGCCUAUGUCAUUAUUUGUGAUAGCUACUGAUCGAAAAUGAAACUUUCAAACGAAACCAUACCAUGCAAUUUUUAAAUUUAAAAAUUGGCCUUUGCCGUCCUUAUUUAUCUGUUAGACAGUAUCAAAUUUUGGAUAGAAGUGUAUCCUCAGAGGUAUUCAAAUCCAGGUUCAUUUUUCAAUCUCGUCUAUUAUGUUUCUCUUCUCACGAAA